CUAAUUAUUUAUCAAAAACUAAUUAAACAUCAUCUUUUGUAACCAGAUGCGUUCAACUGAAGAAGUCAAAUCAAUAAAAGCCUUGAGUUCAGAUGUCCUGGUCAAGUAGGUUCUGGAUUUUAUUUUUCUGGGAUUAUUUCCUGUGAUUUUGAUAGUGAUAAUGUGAACUCCAUUUUCUAAUAAUUGAUUCAUCCUGUAAUUUAGAAUCAAAUUCGGCAAUUUCCUAAACCCUCUUGACCAAGAAGUUCCAACCAUGAAGAAAUAUAAAUCCCAAAGAAAUUCAACAAAAGGAAUCGAGAACUUCAUGGAAAAUGUUGACUUAGAUUCGCUCAAUUCUUCCCUCAGUUCAGAAGGCUGAUUUGAGCAAUACCUUGAAGAGAGAGGAAUCAUCUUGAAAGAUAGUGAAAAUGGUGUUAUGAUGGAAUAUAUAUCGAAAUCUGGGAGCCUUUCAGAGUCUACCGCCAGAUAUUUCUUCAAACAACUAAUCAAAGCUAUAAUAAUCAAAAAUAAGACAGAGGAAACUCAUCGGGAAAUCAAACCUGAAGAAAUCAUACUAGACUCAGAAUUCAAUUUAAAACUUGCCUAUCAUAACUUUACGUCUAAGAAAGAAUGCGGAUAUAAAAUAAAUAAUGCUUUGAGUUAUAAGGCUCCUGAAGUUCUUGCCGGGGUUGAAUACGAGCCAAAGCAGGUAGACUUGUUUUCAGCAGCGGUGUUCUUGUUUAUGAUGGUAACUCAGAGACUUCCGUUUAUUAAAGCCGAACCAGAUGAUAAAUACUACUCUUUCAUUAUAAUCAAAGACUUCAAUGGUUUUUGGGCUUACCAUACCCUCCAGUGCCCUGAGAUAGUCCAUCUUUCCGAGGAGUUUAAGGAUCUCUUCUGAAAAAUGGUUGUUGUCAACGGUAAUGAAAGACUAAAAAUAAAGAAGGUCAGAAAACAUGCCUGGUACAAGCAGGAACUCCCCAAGCACCAGGAAAUAUUAGAAAUAUUUAUUUGCAGAAACCUGGUAAUAGAAGGAGAUCUCAAUGCUGAUGAUGUUCCAGAAGAGACCAGAAUCACUAAUAUUCAAAAAUCUGAAAAAUCUGAUAUCGAAAGCAGUCCUGGUGAAACGAAGGAAAUUUUGGAAGCUAUGAAAAAUAUGCCAACAAAAUACACACCUUAUUAUGAUUGUGAUGAUGGGGACUCUCUAAUGCACGAAGUAAUUGAGUUUGCUAAGCUGAAGAAGUAUUCCAGCAAAAUCUGAGAAGAAUAUUUUCGAGUAAUAUUUCAAAUUAAAAAGGAUUCCAAACUAACUAUAAUUCAAGCAAACACCUUGAAAAUUCCUAACCAUGAAAAGAGAUGCAUUGAGUGCAUAUGUAUAGAAGGAGAUGAAGACGUCUUUUUAGAAGCAUUUGAAUGCCUCGACCUUCAUAUUUUCAGAAAUAGACAUGCAAUCGAAACUCCUGUAUCAUAACCUAUAUUAUAUAAGGAAAACGUUGUUUGUGUUCAACUUGUGCAGCCUCUCACGAAGAAGCUAAGUUGUUUCUAACUCAAAAACAAAACAGGAUAUCCCUAUUUUCCUUCAUUUUUAAAUAUUAUAAUUUAACCUGAUUUCAUUA